UUCAAAAUUUUCCGAGCUGUCAAUGUGCUUGUACCUGUAGAGUAUAUUAUGUUGUACCUACCUUUAUUUAUUCAUUCUAAAUGUCAAUCAAUCAAUAUCGAUUAAAAAAUAAAAAAUAUAACCUAAAAAGUUAACUUAACCUUUAAUACUAUUCAUGGAUUCUAAUUUCUUAUUUUAUGAUUUUUUUAAGUUCUAUUUUCAAUGCUAAAAUAGCCAAUGACAAAUGGCCAAUCUGAAGGAAAGGACGAAUUCAGGAACUUAUAAUGAGCUUCAAAAUGAGUUUGUGGCUGCUUUUAGUUCAAUUAAUGAGCGACCGGUUGACGAUAUAUCUUUAGAAUUCUUCUACAAACCGCAUACUAUUACACUUCUGGCUGUAUCUAUUGCAUCCGUUAUUUAUACGGCCUUUGUAAGAAAUGAAGAUAACAUUCAAGAUAAUAUUUGGUCUGGAAUAUGCUGUGCUGUGUUUUUUUUCCUCAUUAUAUCAGUACUAACAUUUCCAAAUGGACCAUUCACCAGGCCUCAUCCUGCUGUAUGGAGAAUUGUAUUUGGAAUGUCAGUUUUAUAUCUACUUGCACUAAUUUUUUUACUCUUCCAAAGUUAUUCAACAGUAUAUGACAUUAUGUAUUGGAUUGAUCCUAAUCUCCGAAACUUCCACAUUGACAUGGAAAAGGAAUAUGCAGUAAAUUGCUCAGAUAUCAGUAUUGCCAAAGUCUGGUCGCAUUUAGAUGUGUUUGCGUGGGGGCACUUCUUUGGGUGGUUGUUUAAAGCCAUACUAUUCCGCCAUGCUGGCUUAUUAUGGGCAAUUUCUAUCAUGUGGGAAAUAACUGAAAUUGCAUUCGCCCACCUGCUUCCUAAUUUCUUGGAAUGUUGGUGGGAUUCUAUAAUUUUGGAUGUUCUUAUUUGCAAUGGCUUAGGUAUUUGGUGUGGACUUAAAAUAUGCAAAGUUUUAGAAAUGAGAGAAUAUAAGUGGGUUAGUAUAAGGGACAUUUCUUCAACAACAGGGAAAAUAAAAAGAGCAAUAUUGCAAUUCACGCCUGUUCAAUGGACGCCUGUACGCUGGCUCGACCCAACAUGCACUUACAUGAGAUUUUUCGCUCUUGCACAGCUCGUCGUAUUCUGGCAAAUAUCUGAACUGAACACAUUUUUUUUAAAACAUGUUUAUGAGAUGCCACCUUCACAUCCCUUGGUGAUAGCGCGACUUUGUCUCAUUGGCGUAAUUGUAGCUCCUUCGGUUAGACAAUAUUAUAUAUAUGUAACAGAUCCAAAUUGUAAAAGAGUGGGUACACAAUGCUGGGUUUAUGGCGCCAUAAUGGUCACAGAAUCAAUGCUAUGCAUCAAAAAUGGAAAAGAACUAUUUGGACAAGCUCAAGUAUGCAAUGUUAUAGUGUGGUUAAUUAUUCAAAUGUUAGUGUCAAUUGGCUGUGUAUAUGGUGUAGUCCUUUACCAUAGAUAUUUUAAGCCCCCCAAAAGUGCCACUAUCAGGAACAGCUUGAAUAAAGACCAAUAAAGCUGAUGAUCCUCGUAUACUGAUGAACAACAAGUUCCUGUUAAGAAUUUGGAAAUUCAUUGUGGCCCUGUAGUUUUUAUAGUGUUUAUAUAAUACGAGAAACGAGUCACUAUACCUUUGAUAUUAUUAGUAGGUAAUGUAUGAAGUAUGUACAAAAAAUAAAUAAUAUUAUUUUAAUUCUAAGUAUACUCAGAGGUGGCGGAAGGCGUAGGCCUAGGAGCCUUCGUCCGUGGCCUCACGGUGCUGUUUUUUAUAUCAUUAUGGUUAUGGACAGGUUCCACAAAAACUGCACAACUACAACACAGGACCGGACCAAAUGGAAAGAAUGGAAGGAGGCCUUUGUCUAGCAGUGAGACACCUGAUGUCUCUAAAUAAAUAAGUGGUUACGACCUAAGAAAGCUCAUUCGCCCAGUCAUUGUCAGAGUAAAAAUUCGAGAUACUUCCAAAAGCAUGUACCUGUUCAGCUAUGACAGUGUGACCUCAAAACGUAAUUCGUAAAACGUGGAAAGGAAAGUACUCUGGCCAUAAAGAUUCCGUCUCCGGCCGCCACUGAGAUAUUAAUCCGUUGCUUUCGCUAUGUAUUUUGUUCUAUCUCAUAACUAUCCUCUUAUUAAUAAAAAAGUUACAAAUAUAGUUUUCCUCGUUUUCCAUCAAUGUCAAAUAUUGUUAAGUGAUAAAACAUACUUUAACGUUUUUCUUACUAUCCGAUGUAAAUGUGCCGCUUAAAAUUAUCUACUGUCUCGAUUCUCACUAAGUAGUUCGAUUUCAUACGAUACUUGCCUUGCAGCCAUGAAGGAACAUGCGUAGCUACCUACUACAACCAAUAAAUGUUUAGGUGGUGCUGCGCAAUCUUAAUAUUAUUUAUUGUGUCUCAAUUCUGCGUGACCGACGGGUUAACUAAGUGUUGGUAACUUUUUUAUUAAUAAAAAGAUCGUUUAAAUUAUAUACUUUAUAUAUUACUGAAAACCCGAAUAAUAAUUAUAACAUAGUUGUCGUAGGGCCAGAUUUAGUUUAGAAGCUCCUUAGACCUUUGAAUUGGGAUAAUCUACAAUUGUAAUAAUAGCUGGUCCAAGGAUCCAUGAGAAAAAGAAAUCCUUUUACUGUGGAUAGAGUUUACAUAUUAUAAUGCACCUACCUAUGCAAUAAUUUCAUAACCCGUACUCAUAACUACUAAAGGUGUAACUGGCUGUGAAUAUUAUUAAUAUGUCUAUCGUACCUACCUAUGUAUGACUCACUAGUCAAAAUAAAAGUACUUACACUCGGAUAACUUGUUGUAAAUCCCUACAUUCAUGCUUUUUCUGACGCAUAUAACAAUAGCGAUUUAGUGUGAAAUCUGAAAUGCAUUUCUACGAUAUUUUAUUGAUAUUACAUACUAGCUUUUGCCCGCGCCUUCGCCCGCGUGAAUUUCAUAGCAAAAUCUCAGUAAUUUUAUCACGUACUCUGUAAGACUGGUAAACAUAUAUGAUUCAAAUUCGCAUUUUUUCUCAUCUUUACUUCAAUUUUCUGUUUCCUGCUGCGUGUCUCGUCCCGCAAACUUGUCCAAUCCCGCUUCCUGCUAUGUAAUGUAAAGUAGAUAUCCCGUACCGUUUCCUACAUAUUGUGCCAUCAUGUUUUUUGCAAUGUGUCCCAUCCUGUUUCCUACGUGUCUCCUUCCCAUUUCCCGCUCCUACUCCCACUCCCGGUUUCUGCAACGCGUGCCGUCCCAUUUUCCAUGACGUUUUACGUCCCGGUUUUUUAUUAACCACAAACGUAAAUUAAAAUUAAACAUUUUUUGUAUUUACUAUUACUGUUAUUUGCUACAAAAAGCAAGUGCCAAUUUUCAGGUUUUUAUCUUGAAAAUUGUAUUAAGUCCCAUACAAUCGUUCACCCCCCUUAUGAAGGGGUUGAGGGUUAAUUUUCUGAAAAAUCUGAAACACGUUUUCAUGACUUUGUUGUAAACAACCAAAAUCCAAAUUUUCAAGUCACUAACUUCAACGGUGUAGAACUUUCAUAUUUACAAAUUUCGCCUCUUUCAUCCCAUUCGGAGUAGAAUUUACAAAAAUCCUCUCUUAGUGCUCACCUACACUCACCUAAAUGCCAAACAGCUUCCCGACCAGCAGUUUCGGGUAUAUGUUGUCUGUCAGUCAGUCAGCCAGUCAUGACUGACUGACUGAAAGGGUCGAAAGAGUUUUAUACUGAUAUAUACAUACUGCGCCCAUUAUAUCUAUAUCAGACUUUAAUCGAUAAAAACAAUUUGUUUAUAUUCUGUUCACACCUUUCUACAAAAUUUUAAAGUAAAUCAGCUCCGUGGAUUGUUAUUUUAAUUUUCCUACAGGACCCUCCUCAUUUUCCGGGAUGGAAUAUCUAUAAGAUGUUAACCCGGGAUUCCGAGGAAUUUUUGAUUCAUAAUUAGUUUUUCCAUUAUCCUACGGGAACCUGACCAUUUACCGGGAUGAAAUGUAUUUAAUUUUCCUACACCCUCCUUAUUUUCCGGGAUGAAAUGUCUAUAAGAUGUUAACCCGGGAUUCCGGGGCAUUUUUGAUUCAUAAGUCGUUUUUUAAUUAUCCUACGGGAACCUGACCAUGUACCGGGAUGAUAUGUAUCUAAUUUUCCUACAGGACCCUCAUUUUCCGGGACGAAAUGUCUAUAAAAUGUUAACCCGGGAUUCUGAGGCAUUUUAGAUUCAUAAUUAGUUUUUUAAAUUCAACGGGAACCUGACUAUUUACCGGAAUGAAAUGUAUAUAAGAUGUUAACCCGGUAUAUUAGGUGCCUACAUACCAAAUGUCAAGCAAAUCGGUCCAAUAGAUUUCGAGUGAUGCGCGUUCAGACAGACAGACAGGCAGACAAAAAUUUCCUAAACUAUAUUUUCGUCAUCUAUAUCAGUAACUAAGUAUAUUCCAUGAAGAAUUUAAAAAAUAUAUCCAAUGUACAAAUUUAACCUUUCUUCAAUUUUAUGAUAUGUAAUGAUAUUGAUAUUUGUAAAAGUGUUUAUUUCAAAGACUUAGGUAAGUAAUACCAGAAAUUCUCUUUCACGAUCCCCUGCGCAGACUGUUAUUAUUUUUUUUGUUCAAUUAUCUCCGGGAGAGGAUUACGGAUCUCAACUGAAAGUCUAGAAAUCUCCUUGAAUAAUAUAGGAAAGGUUAUUGCCCGCGGCUUCGCACGCGUGAAUUAAAGUGAAGUUUCAGUUAUUAUAAUAUUCCGCGUAUUCUAAGACUGGUAAAAUGUAUUUAUUUAUUUCAUAAGGUGUGCAAAACAGGUUACAGCCAUUACAUUACACAAAAAAUUGUCCCAUGAUUUUCCUGCUACGUGCCCCAACCCCGCUUUCCGUAACGCGUGCCGAACAUUUCAUGGACCUCUCUUCAAAAAUUAAAGUUUCGCAUAAAUUCCCUCCCCUACAUCAUUCCCCUAGAGAGGAAUUUUUCAAAAUCUAAUUUAUUUUUAUUUUUUAAUAUUAUUUUUUACCAACUAGGUACUAAUUUAAAUUAAAAAUUUCAUGUCUCACCUCAAAAAUGACGAUGUGUUAUAGAAAUUUACAACCCUAUUUCACCCCUAUAGGGAUGUAAUUUUCAAAAUCGAAUUAAUACAUUAUUAUUUUUUACCAACUACAAAUUAAAAAUUUCUUGUGUCUGACUUCAAAAAUGACGGAAGUUUCAUACAAACUGGCAACACCCCCUUAGGGAUGGAACACAGACCAUAUGGUCUGUGGGAUGGAAUUUCGAAAUAUCCUUUCUUAGCGGACGUCUUCUAGUCACAAUCUACCUUCCUGCUAAAUUUCAUCUUCAUGGGCUCAGUAGUUUUGGAGAUUUCGUGAUACGUGAGUGAGUGUUUUUCGCUGUUUUACUUAUACUAGAUUUUGCCCGUGGCUUCGCUCCCGUCGGAAUUUUGAGAUAAAAUGUAGCCUAUAACAAUCUUAGAUAAUGUACCUUUCUAAUGGUGAAAGAAUUUUUGAAAUCGGUUCAGUAGUUUGAGAUAUUACCCGCCUUAAACAUAGAAACUCACAAACGCUUACCUCUUUAUAAUAAUAGUAUAGAUUUAAAAUCGAAAUAUUUUCUAACUUAAUAACCCGUCAGUAGGUAUAUAGAAUGUGAUUUGUCCGUGGAAUUAGUACCUCUAGGUACUCAAAUCCAUGGAUUUGUCAUAUAUUCAGAUAUAGUUUGCCACUCUUAUAUUGGAAAAAAUACUGACUUUAUGAAACCAUCUGCUUUUUAGAGUUCCGUACAAAAAUAACAAGGAACCCUUUAGGAUUACAACCAUAUUGGGUAAGAUUGUGUAAUGCUAUGACAGACGUGCAGAGUCCUAUAUAUAUAUAUUUUUUUUCAAAGAGUUGAUUACCGGGGUUGAAUUAAGGAAAUAAAAAAAAGUGUGUGCAAAUCUCGCUGUGUCAUAGGUACAUUAAUGGACUAGUUACGAGGAUCUCAAAUAUAGUUAUUAUUGUAUUAAUUGUAAUGCCAGCUCCACACUUUCGUCGAACAGCAAAACAAUCUAACUGGUGGAUUCGGUAUACACGAUAAAUAAAAGCAUUAAUAUACUAACUAGGUACGCAAUGUUCACUCAUUCGCGAAGUGUCCUUCACCUAUAUGGUGAAGGACACUGCUUAUGCAAGCUUAGCCUAUGCAAGCUUAGCCUUGACAAUCGCUACGUUUUUAUUAUUGCCAUUAUUGAUGUGCUCCACCUCUGGCUACACCAUUAUUUGAGAUAUUAAGAUCACCGCCAAUAUUAUUUAGACCAUUCAGUACACAAUUGGGACAAAUUGGGACAAGGUGAAAACCAAACAUAUUUAAUUUGUGAUUUUACUUACAAUAAAUAUGUACCUGAACAUUGCACAUUUAAAUUAAUUACAUAAUUAUCCUAAAUCCUUCUAUUCCCAACGAUCUCCAAAUGCUUUCAACAUCAGGGCAAGAGAGGGAGAUUUACCUAACAUAGCUGGUUUAAAAAUACGGUUUGACUUUUUUCCAUAAAUUUAGUAAAUAUAUAUUCCCAAUGGAGCGUGCUAAUUUUAAACUUA